UAACUCAUCAAUAUUCUCGUUAAUAUUAAUAAUAUUUUGUGAUGUACUGUGGAAAGUAACACCAGCUUUUACUUGAUGUUCUUCAUCAUCAUUUAAUGUUAAAAGUUUGAUCAGAUCGACUUUAAUAGCAAGAUACCAUCUUAUACACCCAAAAAACCUUGCAGAUUCAUUGAGUAAAAUAUUAAAAAUUCUAUCUUUUAAUUGAUUUAAAAUUAGACUUACAUCUACUUCAUUAUUUCUAAAGCUUAUUCUAUAUCUAAUAAUAUUGCUAUUGAUAGCAGUGACCCGCUUAACUUUAAAGUCAAUCAUUUCAACACUCACCCUUUGAGAUUGUUGUGUUAAUGAAGACGUGAUAACACGCGCGCGCUAGAUGUUUGCUGAUACUGAAUCGCUGUUUCUCGGAGCCGAGUUGAUUCUCUCUUGGAGUCGAGUAGUUUCUCUCUUGGAGUCGAGUAGAUUCUCUCUCGCUAAGUCGAAACUCUCUUCGAUUCUCUCCGACUCGUGCUAACUGCAAUGAUGAAGACGGGAGGGGAAGUCUUGUUAUCGGCUUACUGAAUCAGGCGACUGUUUUGUUCGUGUAUAAGAUAUGAUUGUUACUGUUUCUCAAUGUCUUACUGUAAAUAUAAAUUUGAAAAUAGUUGAAAUUACUGAAGCUAUAGUUGAAUAAGAAAUAGAGUAAGUAUUAAUGUAUGAUGUAAGACUUGUCAAUGAAUUCAAAGCUAUAUGAUGUUCUAAACAGUUGUUAUACUAUCAAGUCUAAUGAAUAAAUGAGAAAUCGGGCUGCAUACGAUUGAUUCUAUUUAUAUGUUAUUGUAAAUGGGAAGAGAAUAAAUUUUUCCCUUUUCCCACAUUUCUGGUUAGCUGAUGAACAAUGUUCUUCCUAGUUCUAUCCUUUUCUUUGUAUUAGAUGCAGAGCGAGGUGAACGCAUUCGCGUCAAUGAUUUCAACUUCACGUUGAAAAGAGACAAGCAAUAUCGACUUCUUUGUUAGAUGCACUGUACUUGAAUGCAGUCUAAUCAUGUAUAUCAUAAAGACAGGAAAUUCAGUACAUAGGCUUAACUGUACUUACAAGUAGCAUUAACAUAUACAACUUCUAAUUUAAGUACAAGGAUGUGUUAGCCUUGCUAUUUUCAUCAAGGUAAUGAAAUACACCCCUUCCAAUUCAGAAUUACGGAAGACGAUAUCCCACCAUUAGAUUUCAGAGUGUAGAAGGAGAAAAUUUUUAGUAUAAAAGCACUCAAAGUUUUGAUUUGAAUCAUAGUAUUCAUCUGAUGAAAAUGUCAUCUACUAGCACUACUGAUUCGACCAAGAACGUUGCUAUGGAUCAGCCAAUGGUAACAUACUCGAGUGUAGCAGCUACACCGAAGAUGGCGUCUUCGCCAGCUCCUUCGACAAUACCGCAGAUACCGUGGGGAUUCCCGUAUAAUAUAUGGAGCAAUCCUCAUCUUUUCAAUCAAGCAUUUCCCGGAUUAGGAAUGAUGCAAACCAUUCCCGGUCCGGUUGCACCUUCACCACCAGGAUUUCAACCGAUUGCAUCUUCUCCUAUCACCGAACCGUCUACUAUCUCAAAAGCGUCUACUUCCACGCCUGCUGACGAGACAACUUCUUCUCCUCUCAUCUCCGAGCCGUCCACGUCUACUAUCUCAAAAGCGUCUACUUCCACGCCUGCUGACGAGACAACUUCUUCUCCUCUCAUCUCCGAGCCGUCCACGUCUACUAUCUCAAAAGCGUCUACUUCCACGCCUGCUGACGAGACAACUUCUUCUCCUCUCAUCUCCGAACCGUCCACGUCUAUCAUCUCGAAAGCGACUACUUCUUCAGCUACCAUCGCAAAACCGACUACACAUGAUCCUAUUGUUGACGAGGAGACCGCUGUCACGAGGGUGAGUAAAUCUUCAUCCUCAUCAAGUUCGGAUGAGCUUGAUGAGGAUGAAGCAACUUUUUCUGUUAAAAAUGUCAUCUACUAG